UUUCUUUCCUCCUUCCACCACGAGACAGAGGAAGGGGUCGAGAGAGGACAGAGGUGGCAGCCAGAUCGACGCAGCGCCCAGGCAGAUCCUGCACGGCGGAGCAGGUUGGCUCAAAAAUUGGAACCCCUCUAGGCCGAUCUGAGUUUCCUGGCUGAAUUGGAAUUGAAACAAAUACAAUGCGGGCCUCCGAUACAGACAUCCAAUACGGAGAAACUUUAUGGUGUACCAUUAACGUUCUAGUGCCACGUCGGGGCCUGGUGGAAGUCAUAACAGAUGGGCUUGUGGAUGCUGCUGGAGGGUUUUUUGCUUCUUGCAAAUUCUUUGGCUAUCCUGAAUGAAGACCGCUUUCUUGGUCCCAGGGGAUGGAGCAUGUCUGAAGUUUCAGGAAAUGGGCAAACAAAGUCGUUGAAGGGGCAGAUCGUGGGGCUCAUCUAUGCCACUCAGUUUCUGCGGAUGCCCUUGAUAGCGCUUAAUGUUCUUAUCAUUGUUGUGAAAAUGGUGUCAGGCUGAGGCUCUUUCUCGUGUCUCUGCUGUUGGGUUGAUCUGAUUUCAGUUCCAGCAUUAUGUAUAAUCUAAUCAUGUUCAAAACUUGCGGCAAGGACGUUCACGCUGACUUGAAUGUGGGCUGUUGGUUUUGUUGCUGCAAAUCCCUCCAACUCUGAGGGUAUCUUUCCUCCCUUACGACUUAUGAAUCAUGCAUGCAUCUGUUGCUAUUGGUUUGGGGUAUGCACGGACGCUGCCCUGAUCAUCACCAUGUAAAAUGUGCAGUCUAAUUUAAACAGUGGUACUGCUUACUGUUGAAGACAUUAUUUGGUGUAGUUUUCUGCA